AAAAUAAUUUUUUCUAAAAAAAAGAGUACAUUUUUCGUAAAUUAAUGCAUUAAAAACCAUAAAAAAAUAACUCCACAAAAUUUUUUGAUUUUGAAACAGGCAGUACUUGUUCAAUAAUGGAUCUUGGCCCCCCAUUUGUUUGGGCCAUGAUGCAAAGCCCAUCAUACACCUGCCACUUUUUUUUCCCUUUUCUGCUGAACUGCUUCCAUACUCGUCUCCAAUAACUAACCAGAACCACUGAGAAGAUAUUUCAGAGAUGGCCACUGAAUUGACCGUACAACUGGUCUUCUUCCUCAUGACCUUAGGGAUGUUCUUUGUUAUACUGAAAUAUCCAAAACAAGCCUUAACCAAGUUCCGUACCAAAAACAGAACAACGGUUCAGUCCGGCCGCCACUUAGCUCAAGCAACGAACCUAUUGGAUCGAGCCCGAUCCAUUCCCCACAAGGCCCAAUCCCAGGCCCACGCGAAGAACGCCCUGGCCGAAGCAGAGAAAGCCAUCUCUCUUUCCCCGAGAGACCCCUCCGCUCAUAUCAUCAAAGCCAUGGCUUCGGAUCUCAUGGACCGCAGAAGCUCGGCUCUGCGAUCUCUUGAUCUGGCCCUGUCUCCUCCGUGCGUCAAGUCCCUCUCCGGAAGGGCGCGUCGGGACGCGCUGAUCAAGCGAGCCGAGCUUAAUUGCGCCACAAACCGGAGGCGUCGUAUCGACUCGGCAGUCGAGGACCUGGUCGAGGCAAUCCGGUUGUGCAAUGGCGACGCCGACGCGGAGUCGAGGGCUUUGUGUUUAUUGGGUCAAUGUUACGAGUGGAAAGGACUAAAGGAAAGUGCUUGGGAGACUUAUGAAAAGGCAAUAAGAAUCGAACCAGGUUUGGUUAUGGCUCGUCAAGGGUUGGAAAGAUUGAGUUCGUAGCAGCUACCAACUGAAAUUCAGGGGUUUUGCUCUGUACAGAUUAUUUUGCAAUAGAUAACCGUAUUUCUCUUCUUAUUUUAUUGUAAAUUAACUUGGCUUGGCUUCCCAAUUAAUAUUUUGUGAUUGUGUUGGUAAUAAAAAUGUUCAUAAAAAUAUUUGACUUGACAA